CACGCGGGUCCGGUGGGUGCGGUGGUGUCCCCCCCACCCCACCCCACCCCAUGCCGGGGGUGGGGGCAGCUCGUGACGCGGGCGGGCGCCCAGCGAUGGCCGAGUACCGCAGGCUGCUGGAGGAGCUGGCGCAGAACAUCACGGCCGAGGACCUGGAGCAGCUCAAGUCGGCCUGCAAGGAGGACAUCCCCAGCGAGAAGAGCGAGGCCAUGGCCACCGCCACAGACUGGUUCGCCUUCCUCGAGAAGCACAGCAAGCUGGACAAGGACGACCUGUCCUACAUCGAGCACAUCUUCGAGAUCUCCCGCCGGCCCGACCUGCUCACCAUGGUGGUGCAGUACCGCACGCAGGUGCUCAAGAUCUCCGAGGAGGACGAGGUGGACACCAAGCUCACCCGCAUCCCCAGCGCCAAGAAGUACAAGGACAUCAUCCGACAGCCCUCCGAAGAGGAGAUCAUCAAACUGGCCCCCCACCCAAGAAAGCCUGAGGGGGGGGGAUGAGGAGGAGGAAGGCUGCAGCCCCCCCCCCCAGUGUCCCCUUGCCGGGGGGGGGGGGGGCGGCACAGGCACUAACCCCCUCUUAGUGCCCCCCCCCGGGGGGCCGGGGCGGCUCUGCGUGUGCGUGUGUGUGUGUAAGGGGGGUGGGGGGCUUUGCUAUUCCCAGGGGAACACCAACCCCCCCAAAAAAAAAACAUUGCUGGGGGGGGCAGGCAUCAGGACCCCCCGCCCCCCCCCCCCCCGCAAAGCCAAUGCCAGGGGCUGGGGGGGGGGGACAGGGACAUCGCGGGGAGGGGGGGACGAAGGCCAGGGCACGUGGGACGGCGGAGAGCAGCAGCAGGGAAGGAGGGUGCGGGGGGGGGGGGCUUUACUGACCCCCCCCCCCCACCACAGACAGGCUGGAGGAUGGAUGGAGUUUGGCCAGGCCUCAGUCCCGUUUGGUGGGGGGGAGAAGAAGGGGGCACACACUGUGCCCCCCCCCCC